CGUUGUUCACCCAGCGCAGCCAUUACUGUCGCCAUAUUAUUCGAGGAUUUUAUUGUAUUGAAAGUUUUUUCUGCUAAUAUACUGAAGUAGAUGUCUUAGGGACAAGAUUUUUUUCUGUGUUCGUCUUGCAAAACCAUGGCGUGACAAUGAGUCACUCAACUCCAUCGGGGAACGGCUGUUCACUUGAGGAUUGUUACACAAAUUUAUUUUCACUUACGGAGAUUCGUGGAAUAAAAUGGAAAAGAUUGUCGGCUAAUCCCGAGUAUACAACUGUUGACCAGUUGGAGGACCCAGUGUUGGUGUCUUAUGCUAAAUGCAUUAAAGCUGACAUUUUGUCAGUCUGGAGAAGAGUUCCCAGGAGCUCUGAUCAGCCACGAUACACAACUGACCAACUCGCUUACAACAAGGAAUUGUGGAUAUUUUGGUAUGGAGACGAGCCUGAAAAUUUGAAUCGGUUGCUGUCAGAAGAUCUGAAAGAGGAUGCAAGUGGUGGAUGGGACAAAGGAGAAUGUGGAAUUUCAUAUGAAUGCAGAACAUUAAUUUUUAAAGCUCUUCACAAUCUUAUUGAAAAAUGCCUCCUACACAGAGGGUUUGUAAGGAUUGGGAAGUGGUUUGUACAGCCUCACGAUGUCACUCCUACUGGACAGGAAAGGAGCACACAUUUGUCCUUCUGUUUUAACUUCUUCCUACAUGGGGAGAGCUCUGUGUGUGCAAGUAUAGAAGUCAAGCAGCAUCCCCCUGUGUGGAGAUUGACAAAUAAUCAUUUAGCCUUGGCCCAAGAAAACCCAGACAGCCUUCAAGUUAUUCUUGUGCCAUAUGGGUUAUGUGGGAAACUGACCGGGAAUUCAUACAGAGACACUGAUCAGUCAGCUAGUAAAAUAAUUGAAGAGUGGAGCCAGUUUUAUCCUCUGGAUAAGAAUGAUGGAACUGAUGUUAGUCGAGUGCCACCAUUGGUAGAAGUCACUGUUGCUGGAGUCAGGAUGAAGUAUCCUUCAUGUUACGUGUUACUUUGUGAAAUGGAAGAUGCACCAGCCCGUGCACCAAAUCCAACUGUCCAGCGUCCUGGUGUAGCCCCAGGAGGCCUCUUAACUCCACCUACCUCACCGGCAGCUGCUGGUAUCCAUCCAGGGGCUGAUACAGGGGUAAAAACUCAGUGUGCACCAUAUACAGGGGCUCAUACAGAUGUCAAUACAGAUCUGAUGGCUAAAUCUUCACGGGCAUUCAGUGUUAGGAUCACGGAAAAGGUCACCCAAGACAACCUUAUCACUGCAGGCAUUGCAAAGAGGUCUAUGGAGACUAUCAGUGAUGAAGCAGCUGUUGGCGUGUGGAACUUCAAUGAUCCUUCAGUCAAAACAACAUGUAAUUGUGCAAGGCAUAGAGGCGCAAAAAACAAACUUACUCAGCAAAAUAAAAGUAUACCUCCAGUUGGAAAGAAGGGGGACAAACCAGAGAAACUGGACCGCCAGCAGUCACGUCUAGCAAGAGGUGCUGCUCCUUUCCAUCGUCGACACUUAAUGGUGGAGGAUACAACACAGAGUGAUAUGCCAUUAGUUCUGUCUGGACCUGUUGCCUCUUUUAAUUCUACAGCAGGGAACGCUUUACUUCCCCAGCUGAAUAAUUCAACAGAAACAACAGGGGGUGCAGCAGCAAGUGUUGAGGCUGCAUCCCCCACAGAUAUGUCUCCUCUUAAUGGACACACAUCUCCACCUGACCCAGCCAUGCCCAAACUUAGUCCUCAUCCGCCGGUAGAUGCAGGGGUGGAGAGUAAACCUGUUAAAAUGGCCACUGAACCUCCACCACAAGCUAACGCAGCAUUUGAGUUUAUUAAACCUGCCACAGCAUCAACACCAAAAGUGGCAGAAAAUAUAUUGUCUCCUCUUUCCUGGCCGGGUCAGCAGAGCGAGGCAAAGACUGCCAGUAUAAAUAACUGGAUUAAAUCAUCUCAGCCCCAUCCAGAGGUCACAAGCAUCAAGCGGCCUGUACUUCCAGCCAAAGAUACUGAUGAGGAUGAACUAGUCACAAAAUCUCUCUAUGACUACCAGUCUAUUCACUCCUGGUCAGAGUAUCCAGUGAAGAGAGCUAGGGUGGAGAGGGCUUGUUCAGUAGUGGAGGUGGGUCCACAGUCCCCAGGUCUUCCCUCAAGUCAUCUGUCACAAAAACACAAGACAAAGCAGCCAGACCCUUAUGACUUUAAUGAUGAUGAGCAGUCCAUCAAUCCAGCCACUGUGUCUAAAAGAAUGUUCCGCUCAAGUCGAGAUGAAUUCAUGAACAAGAAAAUGGAUGAUGACAUGAAGAUGGAUUUUGGAGAUCCUUUUUCAGUUGAAAUCCCAGAUUCUGCAUCGUCUCCUCCAGAAACUCCUAGUGCCUCUAGGAAUUUGAUUCACACUAGUGAUCUGAAGCCAAGCUAUGAUGACCUGGCUCAUAUAUUUGAUUCUGAUGAUUCAGACAGAGAUGAUAAUUUUGGUGAUCAUCCUCAGACUGUAGACAUGAUUGAUGAUGGCACCACAAGGUUUACAAUGGGCAAUGCAAUGACAGUCACAGAUGGCGCUAUUUCUGUCUCAGAACUUUCCAAGAUGUAUCCCACCCCUCCAUCAAAUAAUACCUCAUCUGAUAGAUCACCUGGUCCACAUGAUAUACUGGACAACCAUAUCCCAGAGAAGCCAAUUAUCAAGACCGAGUUCAUUCCAAUCAAGGAAGAUUUUUUCAGGGACUUGCCUGCUGUGUACAAGACCCCAGAACAAGCUGAUUUUGUUGGUUCUGAUAAAUACUCAUCAAUAAUACUACAGAGUAGCAAGUUGUCUCCUAUACCCCGCCCACCAGAAUACAAGGCCCAUUGGCAUUUCACAAGUUUUGGGAAACCUUUGCCACCAAGCAAUUAUACAAAUAUCCCGUCCAUAGAAAACAUACCGAGCAUGUCAUCACGAAUGCCACAAAACUCCCCAGCCACAUUCCUGAACAAUAGUGUAGGACAGCAGAGAACUCCAAUGAGUAAUUAUAAUGAACUUCAGUCUCCAGCAUCUAAUGCUUCAUCAUAUCUCAACAAAACACUGAAUUCUAUAGACAACCAAGGAACUAAUCAUCAAAUUCCAGAAGUUCAUAGUCUCAUUGUCAAUGUGUUCUUGAUGGAUUCAAGGUCAAAUUUGUUUCGUGAUGUGAAUUUUGACAGUUGCAAUAUCUGUGUGUGUAACAUGAACAUAAAGGGAGCGGACACUGAGAUUUAUUUACCCGAUUCUUCUGGGGAGUCUGCUACCCGUUGUGUUUGUGGAUUUAGUGCUAUUGUAAACAGACGUUUUGGAUUUAAUUCUGGAUUAUUUUAUGAAGAUGAAGUGGAUAUUACGGGUAUUAGAAAUGAUCGAUACGAGGGGCGGAAACCUAGUUUGUUGGCCCUGGAGUAUCAGAAAGACGGUGAAAAACUAGCAGAGUAUACAGACCUGCCUCAUGAGAUUCUAAAUCUGCUGAUAAGCCAGUUUUCUUAUCCUUAUCCUUCAUCAUCAACAAUACAACACAUACUGAGGCUCAGCAUGAUGAACACAACGUCGGGAUUUACAGACACUUCUACAGCCUUGGUGGAUAUUUUACAACUUCAAGAUGGUAACGACAUCACAUACAUGGCACUGGAUCUCGGGAGACAGGCAAUGGAACACUGUUCUCCUAACAAACUGGAUGAUCCCAUUCUAAAGGCUACUUGUUUACACAAGUGGCAGUUUUUACAAGGUGCUAGUCGAAUACCUCAGAAUUCUCAAGACUGUGUACAAGUUUUGAAAUCUCUACAACCCAUUCUUCAAGAUGCCAUACAAAACAAACGAAGUAUACCUUUAUGGGAACAUAAAUAUAAAUUGUCAGGACCUCUUACUUGGAAAGAAUUUCAUCAGCUUGCUGGUCGAGGUUCAGAUGAAAACUCAACUCCUCAACCGAUUCCAUCCUUUCUGGCUGGUUAUGAUGGAGACUGGUUGUCUCUGUCACCUUAUUCUCUAAGGUUCUGGGAUAAACAAUUUUUGGAACCAUAUGGAAAGCCUCGUGAUAUUGCCUACAUUGUCCUGGCUCCAGAUAAUGAUUUCAUCAUCAAUGCAAUAAUCUUGUUCUUCAAAGAAUUAAGUAAUGUGUAUGAACUGUCUCGUAUGGGAAGACAUUCUCCAGUCUCACUAAAGCUAAGAGAUGGAAUCAUGAGGGUGGGCAAAAAGAUAGCAGAAAAAUUCUCAUCCGAGGAGCAUCCAGAUGACUGGUUCAAAUUUAUUGGAAACUCCAGUGUAGCAAGCAAAUUAAGAUUAUAUUCCCAAGUGUGCCGUUCUUUCUUGGCACCACUAUUGGCACAACAAAACCUGGACCAAUCAGUGUUUGAACCAUCUGCAAAUCACAGACCAGGUUACAAACCAGCUGAGACCAAACCAGAUAUCAACCAAGCGGAUCACAAUUCUUUUAGUAUGCCAGCUCCACAAUCGCACCAGACUGAAGACAAAGAAAAUGUGGAGACCUCCAAUGCCACAAAGGACAGUUUGUAUCUGGAUUUUGAGCAGAGCACAACUCAUGAAAGUCCUGCUUUAAUGGUGUAUCUAAUUGAUUCCUUCACUUAUGGAUCUGAUUGGGACCCCAAUACAGAGAGGCUUACAAAAAUAGGUCUGCUAAAGUGUUACCAUCAGUUGGUGAAAUCUCUACCUGAGCACCUUCAGCAGAACAUAAGCCUUCAGAUUAUACCACUCAGUACCAUUCUGGAAAGCACAGAGAAGGGGAGUAACAUGCACACUCUGCAGUCUAUAUCUUUCUCUGUGUUCACCAUGUGUCGCUGGAACCUGGCCCACACUAUCAUGGGAAGACAUCUCACUGGAUUUGGACCUGCUGCAGCAGCAGAAAUUUUUCUCAGGAAAAAGGAGGCUGACAAGGCAGGUGGUGUCAAGCUGUACAGUCCGCCUUUUGUGUUGGCACCCACCAAAGACACCCAAGCCAUCCUCGCAGAGUCCUGCGGGGAGAAACUGGAGCGGAGUUUUGUGCUUUUCUGUGCAUACUGUUUGUCUGAGGACCAGCGUUUUCUCCUGGCAGCAUGUACUGAUGAAAGGGGAGAAAUGAUGGAAACGUGUGCAAUAAAUAUUGAAAUUCCCAAUAGGAGUCGAAGAAAGAAAGCAUCUGCUAGAAAAAUAGGGCUGCAGAAACUCUGGGAUUUUUUGCUUGGAGUGGUGUGUAUGUCAAGUUCACCCUGCAGACUUGUUAUUGGUCGCUUUGGAAGGAUAGGACAUGGUGAAAUGAAAGGUUGGUCAGGUUUACUGAGCAAGAAGAACUUGGAACUGGCAGGCAAGAAGAUGAAGGAGAUGUGUAGUCAGUGUACAGUUAAUAUUGGCAGCUGUGACACCCCAGGAAUUCUCAGUGCCUGUCUUGUGUCCCUAGAAUCUCUCACCUCAUUUCAUAUCAUGGCUGAUGCUGUUAAGAUGGAAGAGAAGAUGAGCAGUAACUGUCCUUUACAGACUCCUCGUGAUGCUUCCACAACUCAUAUCCUGGUCUUCCCCACCUCAGCAAUAGCUCAGGCGAACUCUCAUGCCCCCGUAACAGAGAUGUCUGUAAACAUUGCAAUGGAGGACACUAUGCCCAUGGAUGAUCUGGUAGACUCGGGGGAACAGGGAAACAAUCUGUACUCAAUCCUCGACCAAGAAUGUUUGUUGGAAGUGUUUGAUGAGAUCACCACUAACUACCCAGAUCAAGGCAAUGCUCUGGGCAACAUAUCCAACCCCGGGUCUCCCACCGGGGACUCGGUGCCGCAUCACACGUCCAGCAUGAAUGGACAGUUUCCAAAAAAUUCCAUGAGCACAGAUCCACAGGAUGAAAUGCCAAACCUUUUAAACCAGCCCCUGGCCCUGGGCUACUUCACCUCCACAGCCAGAGCAGGACCCCUCCCUCGAUGGUUCUGGUCCGGAGCCCCAGAAAAAGAAUUUCAGUGUCCGUCUUGUUUCAAGGCUGCACUACACAUCCAUAGCUCCUCCAAACAUGAUGAAUUCUCAUACACUCAGCACAACAAAAAUUCUCACCCUCUCGAUUCCACACUCACCCCUGAUGUAUUGAGGUAUGUUCUGGAGACGUACAAUGCUCUGUCCUGGUUGACCUUUGACCCUGUACAGAAUGAUCGCCAGUCGUGUUUGCCAAUCCAUUUUUUGGUGCUUAUGCAGAUGUAUCAUGCAUUAAAUGCAUUUGUAUGAUGUGAUAUUUUGAAGGAAACAAUGGUUAUUUUAGGAAAAACCGUUGAUGCAUUGGAUGCAUAUGUGAUAUUUUGGAACAGAAUGUGUUUACGCAAUGAAUUUUUUAUGUUGUGUAUUAUUCACAUGUAAUUUAUUAUUUCAUAUGAUCAAAAUUUGAGCAAAUUGGUAUUAUUUGUCAGGACUCAAAACAACAAUUUCAAAAAACAUUGUGAAAAAAUGACUUUUGAAAAUGAAACAUAAGCAAUACUUAAUGAUCUAGACAUUUGAUAAUGGAUUAUGGCACAAAAUUAUCAUGUUUGAUUGUUUAUAUAUGUAAAAAAAAAAAUAAAUUUCUAGAAGACAAUAAGUCCAGACUUGGGAAUAUCCAUAUAAAAAAAAUUUCCAAGUUAAAAAAUGUUAAAUGUUUUGAAUUUUUUUUUGAAUUGUGCAAUUCAUGAAUUAUGUAAUUGUAAAAAAACUUAUGAAACAAAAACAACUUUUUCUUUUAACACACAGCAUUGAUGCAUGACAUGAAAGUGAAGUGCCAAAGUUAAUCUUGCCAAAUAAGUGCAAAAAAUCACAAAUCCCUGCCAAAGUAUGAAGUAUAUUAAUUCUUGAUUUGAACAAAAAUACUGAACUACUUAUUGAGGUUUAAAAAAAAAUGUUCCAAAUGGUAUUGCAAAUACUCAGAUCAUUAAUAAUGUGUGUAAUUGAAGGAAUCGGUUUAUACUGAAAACAGUUUCUUGAAAGCUCAAGAAAAAAAAAUUGUUGUAAACAUUGAUUAUUAUUUUUUUAUAUGGAGGGGUGUUCUAGUAAAAAGUAACUUAAGGGAUGAAAUUCCAAAUAAUUGUAUUGAUGAUGGAUUUGGGGUGGGUUGGCAAAUAUUUC